AUGAACUCGUUCCUACGUGGAUCGAUGAACUACGUCUGGUGCACGACCAGUGUACUGGGCAAGGGUUCCACUGGUGCCGUCUUCCAGGGCGUUAACAAGCACAAUGGCGAACCGGUGGCGGUCAAAACGUUCAACCAACUCAGCCAUAUGCGUCCACAGGAUGUGCAGAUGCGUGAAUUCGAGGUACUGCGGAAGGUUAACCAUAAUAACAUCGUAAAACUGCUCGACAUCGAGGACGAUCAGGAAGGACGGGGCAAGGUGAUCGUAAUGGAGCUCUGUACGGGUGGCAGUUUGUUCAACAUACUGGACGAUCCGGAAAACACGUACGGUUUGCCACAGAAAGAAUUCCUCCUCGUGCUGGAGCACCUGUCCGCCGGGAUGAAACAUCUGCGCGACAACAAUCUGGUCCAUCGCGAUUUAAAACCGGGCAACAUCAUGAAGUACAUCUCCGAGGAUGGACAGACCGUGUACAAGUUGACGGAUUUCGGUGCUGCCCGAGAGCUGGGCGAAAAUCAACAGUUCGCUUCACUGUACGGUACGGAGGAGUAUCUUCAUCCGGACAUGUACGAGCGUGCCGUACUCCGGAAGUCAAUUAACCGUAGCUUCACAGCGAAUGUGGAUCUGUGGUCGAUUGGGGUUACAUUGUAUCAUGUAGCGACGGGCAACCUUCCCUUCCGUCCGUACGGUGGCCGCAAGAACAAAGAAACGAUGUAUCACAUCACGACCAAGAAAGCCCCAGGCGUCAUAUCUGGCACGCAAACGAGCGAGAAUGGUCCGAUCGACUGGUCCAAACAUCUGCCAGCUCAUUGUCAGCUAAAGGAAGGCCUGAAGCAACUCGUAACCCCGCUAAUGGCCGGUCUGCUCGAAGAAAGCCAAGGUCGAAUGUGGUCGUUUGAUAAGUUUUUCCUCGAGGUACAAAACAUUCUCAACAAAACGGUGCUACACAUAUUCUAUGUUAACCGGGCCACCUCGAUCGAGGUGUACCUAGAACCGGAACAAACGCUUGUGCACCUACGGGAGCACAUCCUUGCCCAAACCGAUGUGCCGCAAGCAUCGCAAUUACUGCUGCUAGAUAAUGAACUGUUCGCUACGAAGGUGGAUGCCAACACAAGCGCACGUGGAUAUUCACCCACCGAAGCCAACAAUCCCGUGAUGCUAUUCAACAUCGAGAAUUAUAACGUAAUUCUACCGACUGAAUGGGAUCUGCCCAAAUUCCCUACAUUCCCGAACGGCAUUUCGGUGGAGAACGAUGCCAGCCUGGCGAAGGUGGCCUGCAGUGUGGGGCACGAGUGUAAACGGCGGGUGGAAAGCAUGUCCCUGCUCGAUACACUGAUGAACAAAUCUGUGCAUCAAUUUUCCGGCUUUUUGGCCGGGUUUCUGGUUAAGUUACUUAAACGAACCCGUCAUUUGGAGGAUAUAGAAGGAUUGAUCUCUGAACUUGCUAAGAUGUUUGAAGUAGCGGCCUCCAAUCACGAAACGUACCAACAAUUCGGUGCAAAUAUACACGCCAGCUACGAAAAGCAAAAAUCCGACUUUCAGCGAGUUUCGGAACCGAUCCAGCAGCUGUACGGGCGCUUCGUCAAAGAGGAAUCGCUCGUGCGCGAAUGGAACUCCGGUUACCGUGCGUUGCGCACACCGAACAAGAACCGGGACAGCGAGAAAGCCAAAUCGCUCGUCGAUCGGCUUCGCGAUUCCUGGCAGCAUAUGUUGCGCGAUCGGGCCACACGAUCCCUCACAUAUAACGACGAACAGUUCCACGUGCUGGAGAAGGUGAAGAUAGCGGAAACGGGCAAACGGCUCAAAACGCUACUAAACGAUGGUGUCCGGCAGGCAGUAGAGCAGGAAGCGGAAUGUUUGGCCGAUUGGUACAAGAAAGCGCAAACAAUCUUCCUGCAGACGCAGUUCCUCAUGAAGGAUGUCGGUGCGUACGUGGACGCGCUGUACGAUUUGCGCGAACAGCUGAAACAGCACCGAGAAGAUUUGAAGGAAGAGAUCAGCACGGACGGAGAAGUAUCGAAGACGAUCGCUGGUAAAUCGAUACCGAGCACAACAUCCACCGCAACGACGACGAUCCCGAUCGUGGGAGAUGUGGAUGGUAGCGAGAAGGGUCUAACGGCACGCCAGAAUCAGCAUAAAAUGAUAUGUUUCAUGCACAUGUACAACCAAAUCAAAGAGGUGAAGAAAAUGCUUCAACAAAACAGUGAUAUUCUGGCGGCAACGCAAGGAUUGCUGCCCGAUACCGGCGAUAGGGCCGCCGCAACGUAG